ACACCAUCAAAUCCUCUCCCACUCAUCAUUUCAAUGGAUCAGCAACAUCACCCGCAACGAUGACAACGGCCAAGGAGAGGGCAACAGGGCUUUCAACAUCGUCUCAUGGCCAGCAACAAUCUUUACCGCCAAUCCUGCGCCUGUCAUCGUCCGUCGGCUCCCUCCUUCGUUCAACAGCUCAGCUUCCCUCACUCUCCUCCCUUGUCAUACAACUAGCGCACAAUGCCAUCGACGCCGGCGCCACGCAAGUCCGCAUUGCCAUCCACCCUGAGUCAUGCGGGAUCUCAUGCUGGGAUGAUGGACAGGGCUUCGAAGCUGCCUUGCUCGUCCCCGCCCCGCAGGGCAAAGAAGCCGAAGCCCUCGAUCGCUACGUGACCACGAAGGCGCAUUCCUCGAUGACGUAUGGCAAUAAGGGCGAGGCUCUGGCUAGUAUGGCGGCCAUUGGUAUCCUUCAUAUCGAAACGACACUCCACGGGAGCGGUUCGUACCUCGACGGCACCCGCUGGACGCUUCUCAAGCGCGGUGACCGGCUCCUCUACUCAGGCCCAGCAGACCAGGCAGCCUCACUACCGUCUGCCUCCGCAUCCGCCGAAUACCUCACCAUGGCACCUUCAAGAAAAGGUACGACAGUCACAGUGCGGGACAUCUUCUCCGCCCUCCCUCUUCGUCGGCCCCUCCUCUCCUCUCGCGACUCCCUAGCACGAGAAGUCAAGGCCUGCGCACAGGCACUUACCCAAGUCAGCCUGAGGGAGCAUCGUGUUUCCUUCCUACUCGAGGUGGCCUCAGCCUCCGCUGGCCGGACGAUCGUCCACUUGAAGGCGCCACGCUGCGAUUCCAUGCUGGAGCGAUUUGCGCAGGUGCGCUUCCCUGUCUCGCCAGCUUUGUGCGGGACUGUUUACGCAAAGCGACGAUUGGUGGCGGGUAGCAAGCAGCAAGAAGCUUCAGCUCCUAGAGUAGUCAUCAAAGGUUUCUUCCUGUUUGAAGGGCAAGAGUCUCGAGGAGAUCAGCACAUCUACCUGCAAGGUCAUCGCUUGCCUGCGGGCAUGGAGCUCAGCGACUUUUGGGCGCAGAUUGGAGCUGAUCAGCGCAGGGCUCAUCAGUGGCAGGACAGCCCUGAUAGGCAAGGAGGUGCAAUUUCUGCUCAACACGGGCAUGCUUCGUCAACCGGCGGCAUCCAUUGGCAAAGACGCCCCGCCCCCACUCCAUCAGAGGAGGGCAACGUCCACCACGUCCUCUCCAGCACGAUAGCUCGAGGCUUCAAAUCGAACGAUGACAAUGCGACCAACCUCGUCGGAAAGGACGGUCCCAAGCGCUAUGACAGGAAAGGAGGAGGCGCCGCACAGCGCGGAUCAUGUCCUGCCUACGUGUUCGAACUCUGGGUGCAGGUGCCCGACAUGAGCGCCACUGGCGGUGACGGCCGUGUCGUGCUGGACGAAGGCAGAAUUGUGACUGCGCUUUGUGAAGAAGUGAGGGACGUCCAGAGGGUGCACGGGCUGGUGAGCAAAGCGAGAAAGAGGCCUUCUACCGCUUGUGAGAUUUUGGCUGGGAGGGAAGAGGAGAGGCUGGCGGCGAUGAAGAGACCGAAGACGACGGCUUUUGCUGCUGAUUGGGGAAAACAGCUGCUGCCCAAGGCGUUCCCUGCGAUGAAGCAAGCAAAGGCAGAAGGCAAGGAAGGCGUGAGACCAUCGAGCACUGCUGGUGCUAUCUCGUCGAAUGACGACACCCCAGACGUCGACAGGCAACGCGGCGACGAUGAUGCCGCAUACACCGCCAAAGAUGCGUCAGUCCCACCCGGAUACGUCAAGUACAUCGACUCGAUAACAAAGCGCACCUUCUUCAUCGAUGAGCGCACGGGCAACUCAUACCCAGCAGACCGGCCACCUCCCGGCAUGACAGAAGAAGUCACCACGUCGCCCUCAACGCAUCUGGAGGAGCGAGGGAUCCCACCCAUGGCUCAAACGCCCUCAGCUCUUGUAGGAGCAAGUCGAAAGACGCUUCGUCGCGCAUGGGACACAGAUGGAGCAGAAGCAAGCGAGAAGACGCCGCCUCGCUGGCUUGAAGAGACACUGGCUGAAUGGCACAACCCCGCCUUGCCGCUUCAACGCCCGACCGCACCAGAAGGCAACGCUAUCGACUCGGGGAUCGACCCGCCCAUUGCGAGUCUGCCCAGCCUUUUGCCGCUGCUCACUGACAACACAUGGGAGGGCGCCGCCGCCACCUCUGGUCACACAGGUUGUGACUGCUGUUCCGGUGAAACCAACAGUCAUCCAGCCAGUCUGAGCGCUUCCCAGCAAACGCGACAGGAGCGCAAGCUGCCCCUCCCACACAUGCAGAUGAAGAGCGGCUACUUCACGAGCUCCGUGCCUCACGCCCGUGGCAACAGCUGUGGUCGUGCAACCCUGCCGUGCGACGCGCGCCCCUUCACUGUGCGCAAAGAGCAGCUCUCUGGCCUUGUAAGUGUCAUAGGGCAAGCCGCAAAGAAGUUCAUUGUCUGUAUCGUCGAUGAUGGUGCUGGACGCCGUGGGAUCAUCUGCGUCGAUCAGCAUGCUGCGGAUGAGAGAAGAAGAUUGGAAGGCAUGUUGGGGGACUAUGCUGCUGCGUGUGAGAGAGAAGAGAGAAGAAGACGAGGUGGGGAGGAGACGGGUGAGCUGGGGACAGGAGAGGAGGAGGGGCCUUCUCACCAACUCAAGGCUCCACUGCGUAUCUGGCUGCCAGAGGCCGAGGCAAAGGAGGUCCUACAGGGUCUACCCCCCUCGGGCAUCACCACUGCGGAAAGUACAGCCUCAGGCCAUGUAGAGCAGCUUAGCCCACUUGCCCAAAGGCUGCGCUACUGGGGCUUCGCCUUUUCUCGCUGUGGCGACACAGACGGCGAUGACUCGCAAAGCAAGAGCAGCGAACCUUCCCUCCCCAUCUUGGUCACACACGUCCCGCUCGCCGUGUCCGACCGGCUCCGCAGAGAAGUCGCAACACUCACGGCUGUCGUCCGCUCCUUUACCUCGCAGACUGAGGAGCAAGCCAGCGGCCUCAUCGGUGGAGACUCUGACCAUUCUAGCACUGUACCUCCGUCCGCUACGUCGACCUCUUGGAUGUCAACCCUCCGUCAUCUACCAGCACGUCUCCUCGAUCUCUUCAAGAGUCGCAGCUGUCGUGGCGCGAUCAUGUUCAAUGACGUGCUCACCAAGGAGCAGUGUGAACGGCUCGUGGGGCAGUGGACGUCUACGGACCUGCCUCUGAUUUGUGCGCAUGGGAGGAGGAGUGCAGUCGGCCUUUGUGGGUUGGCCGGGGACGGAGCUGGUGGGGACAGAAGACGAGUCGUGAGAUGGGAGAAGGCAGGGCUGCUGGGCGGUGAGGUGGGUGGUGCUCGAUCGACGGGGAAAGGCGGGUCAGAUCACGAAGGAAGCGACGAAGCGACGGAGGCAAUGAUGCAAGACAGCUACGGCGGGAAGGGCUGAGCUGCCCCGGGACCCGCUCUGCUCCGCAUUCACACAUUCAAUACCCAACCCUGCAUGCAAUCUUGUCUGUGUAAAUCGACUGCUGAGAGUCAUGUGAUG